AGGCAGCAUCUGUUACCGCCAACGCCAGGAGUGGCCAUGGAUAUCCUGGAGCUAGAUGCCCACUACAGGAAAAAGGCAGCGGCCAACAAAAGGAGUCUGCUGUAUAAGCUGCUGCCUUUCGCCAUCUCCUGCUCGUCGUACUUCAUCCUCUGGCUUCCUGAGAACAGUGUGCAGAGCGCCAUCGUCAAAUGCCUCCCCGUCCUUUCCUUGGCGUUCUUCGUGGCUUCCCACGCCUACAGUGUGGCUGUUUUCACACCAUAUGCCCGCCACAUUUUCCGAGGCCUGCUGUUCUCAGCGGUAGGGGACAUCUGCUUGGUGUGGUCAGAACUUUUCCUUCCAGGGACGGCUGCUUUUGCUGCAUGCCACGUCUCCUACAUCUUAGCCUUUGGCCUGGGCCCCUUUCGGCCCCUCACCUUCCUGGUGGUUCUGGGGUUGGUGGCCACGUCGUACGUCAUCCUCAUCUUUCCCUGCCUUGAGGGUGUCUUUGCCUACGCCGGGCCAGCCUAUGCGGCCAUCAUCGGCACCAUGUGCUGGCGUGCUCUGUCCCGCACGGAAGCCCAGCUGAGCACCUCGCUUGGCAGUGUGAUCUUCAUCGUGUCCGACCUGUUUGUCGCCCUCCAUCACUUCUGCUCCUCCUCGCUGCCUCAUGCCCGCCUCCUGAUAAUGAGCACCUACUUCACAGCCCAGGCUUUGAUUGCAGUGUCUGUGUCCUCCAGGAAGGUUUCUCAGAAGGAGAACUGAGCGCAGGACUUGGACUGCUGUCAAGUUUCAACCAUUUUGUGUGCAGGAGAAAGGACUGCAGGCAUCUGACCUCCUGACUCCUCUCGAGUUCAGCUAUAACUUUCUAGGCUCUGUCCUUCCUCUCAGGAGCUCAAGUCUCUCCCCUUCCCCCAAAUCAAUUUUGCUUUCUCAUCUCUUCCCUUCAUGCACUUUCUCCAAAGCAGUGGAAAGUAGUUUGUUUACGGUAAAGCAAUAAGCUUUCACACUAUAAGGCAGGGUGUUUGCAGAUCUACAAGCACAUUCAAUAGCGACAGCUUAGCAUGAAAAGCAAAAGCAAGAUUGUGGGGGGCCAGGAAUACAGUGGUACC